CCGGUCACAAGCCCAUUUAAGCCCAACUUCAUUUUCCAACUUGUGAAAGAGUGGAGUUGAACGUUGUUCACUAGAAGGCACUCGGCAAUGGCAGCUUCUGCAUCAUCUUCUUCCCAAAUUUCCCCUUCUUCAGACCCCAAAAUUGACCCUUUGGAGAUUAAACAUCACGAGGUUGCGAUUGCAGAGCUUAACAGUCUACAUUCUUCUAGGCCUGUCUAUCUGAAGACUGGAAACAUAUUCUUCCGUACAACUAUCCAGAAAGCAAUCACAUCUGAGCAGCGGCAACUUGAUUUGGCUAAGAGCAAGCUGCAAAAGUUCAACAGAGAGUCAUGAUAUGCUUGAUAUCUAGUCACUCUCUUAAGCAUGGAACAUAUUUAUCUCGCAGUCUAGCUUCAAUCUGCCACUUGGGGAGUGUUUAGUUUAUUGUAAACAUUUUUAUAGAAAAUGAGUAUAAAACGUUUUCAUGGGGAAAUGAUUUUGUCCUUUUCAUUUUAUGA